UAUGUAACCAUCUUAGAUUUGAGAAAUUGGAAAUCGCUAAUUUGUUUUGUGUGCUACAGAGUUCAAGGAUUUCACAUUUCAACAUUUCUGAUAUUUUUUCUGUUAUUUGAUUGUUUAGGUGAUUAUUUUCUUCUAUUGCAGUCAGGCUUUGAAGAAUUUGUGAGGGAUAAAUACACGCUCCUUCCGGAGACAAGGGAAAGGAUGAUGGCAACAGAGGUCACUACUUCUUGGAGGUAUACAUAUGACCAUGUUUCUCAGAUACCUCCGGACCCAUUUUGCUUCACAGAAAGAUACAAAGAUGUAAAGAAGGUUCUGGAAGAAACCUUCUUUGGGCCCCCGGAUACAGGAGUAUACAGCCCUUCAGUUCAGAACACUCUGUACCUUAUGGCAAAGGCAGUGCUCAAUAGGUUCCAGGAUAUAGCUUCAAUUCAUCUCCGAAUGCCUAACCUCCAUUUCUUGCCCGUAAAUCUAUCUAGCAAAGAGAACCCAACCAUGGUGAAGUUUGAUAAUGAUGUUUAUGUGCCGACCGACGAGCCACAUGGAACAAUAGAAGCAACCUUGAGCCGCACCAUGUCCAAGAUGUAAUGAGUUGGUUCGUGCAAAUCAAUAUACUCGUCAUGUUUUACAUGCCAGAAAAGUCAGUGCUUGUCUAUCAAUUUGAACUUUCUAUCAUCUGCUUAGGUGACCUCUUGUAUCCUUUCAUGAUGCGUGAAAUAAGUUUGUAGCAUGCUUUGCAGGCCCCGGCUUGGCUGAACUUUGAAUACAGAGGGCUUCUUUAGAUUCCUAAUCUCUCAUGUGAAUUCAUCUUUUUAUGUGGGCAGUGAUGGUUGGAAAAUUAGUAUCUCUAUCA